AUGUUUUUUAAUAUUAUUGACGAUUUUCUAAAAUAAGAUAAUAUUGGUUUGCAAGAGGCCAAUUUCAGUACUACAAGAUACAUAGCUUAAUUGUUGAUUUCAAAAAAGAAUGUAAUUAAUUAUCUAUUAUAUUUUUAGAUUGAAUAAGUUUAUUAAGAGAUGUCAACCAAAGAAAAUUAAUGUGAAGAAAUCAUUACAUAAAUUAUAGAUAAGAAAUAUAAUGAAUUUAAUCCAAUGGUUAAUAAACCUUCAAUUUAUGGAGUAAAAUAAUAAUAUUAUGUAGAAAGCAUAUGAUGAAUUAUCCUAAAAUGUAAAGAAAAAUAGAAAAAGAUUAUAAAAUAGCAAAGAAUUGUUAAGUUCUAAAUCUGCAGAAUUGAAGCAUUUUUAUUACUAAAAUAUAUAUUAUAAGGAGAUCAUUUCUACUUUAAAUAAAUUGAAAAUUAUAAGGUCAUCAAUUAAAUUGAUACAAACUUAAGCAUUAAGUUAACCUUAUGAAGGUAGUUUGGAAUGUAGAAAAAUUAAGUCUUUAAUAAGUAAUUUCCCAAAAUAAGAUUCCUUUUAAAUUCAAUACAUUAACAAAGGAUUUAAUUUAGGACUUUCAUAGAUUUUGGGUGAAUUUUAAAAUUAGUUAAAAGAGUUUUUCUUUUUAUAAAGGGGUUCUAUCUUAAAAAAUACAGAUGCUUAAAAGUAUUAUGAUUUAGAGAGAAAAGUAAGAGAUUUAAAAUCGUUGAGUGAAAUCUUAUAAUUUAUUAAGUCAAAUCUUCCAGAAGUGACAUUAUAAAAUGAUGAUGAAUUAGAAUUGUGUUUGAUUGAUUAAUAACUUAAUAGUAAUGAAUUGAUAAUAUCUUAUAAUCAAUUAAAAAGAUUUAUACAAAUGAGUUUUUAAUUUAAUGAUUUUGACACUGUAAAAUAGUAUGUAGAUAACAAUACAUUAAAGACAGGAGAUAUAAAUUUAAAUAUCAACAAUUAAUAAAUUAGUUUAUUAAAUAUAUUUCUAUGUAUUAAAGGAUGUACAAUAAUUAAAAAAACAAAUGAAUUAUUAAAUAAACAUUUUGAAGAUUUCAAAUACAAUUUAUAAGAUUUAUUUACUAAAUCAUUAACAAUAUUUAUUAAAAGAUAAAAUCCUAAUGACAAUAUAAAAAUUUCAUUAUUUGGAGAAUUAAAUUUUAGUAGUUUUACAACUUAUAAGAUUAUAAGUUAAUUUUUUAAGAAACUUAUAGCAUAUGCAAUGAUUAUUUUAAGAAAAUAAGUGUUAUUUGGAAAAACAUUACAUAGUUUAAAUGUUGAUGUUGAUGAAAACACUCUUCUACUUUCUUUAUCUGAAUUAUGUAGAUAAUUAUUUUGGUAAAUCAAUGUAGUUUUGAGUAUGUUCUAUAAAUCUUCUAAAAUUAGUGAAUAAAAUAAGAGUAGAGAUGUAUUUGAUGUCAGAAAUGAAUAUCAUUUAUUCAUUCAAACAACUCUUUAAUAAUUAAUUAAACCUAGUCCUCUAUAUUAUUUAUUAUAAAGACAUUUAUUAGAUGAAGUCUUAUAAUAAUGUAUAGAAUCUUUGAAGGUAUUUAUGAGAGUUGAACCCAUAUUCAAAGAACCUAUUGAUAAUGAGAUUUAAUUAUAAUAGGAAUUAAGUAAAAGUAUUUAUUUGGAUUGCAUUAAAUAAUUAAAUGAAGGAGUCAAAAAUGUAGUAAAAAAUAUUGUUUCAUUACCAAAACGAUAGAAUAAAUCUUUUAUUCCCUAAAUAAAUUAUUAAUUAAUAUAAGAUGUUUAAGAUCAAUAAUUAAAACAAAUGCUUAGUGAUUUUCAAUUGAUUAAUCUAAAAAUGCAAAUUCCUGAAUCAAUACAAUUUUGUUAUUUAAUACAUGAACUCAAUGUUAUUGAUUAGAUCACCAAUCUUUAAAUAGAUUUCAUUUAAAUAUUAAAUUGGAUUUUGAAUGUAUAUCUUUAAGAAAUACGAAUAAAGUUAAAAACAUUGAUUUAAGGUUCCUAAUCAGAGAUUUUGAUGUAUAAUUAAGAUAAAUAAGCAUUAUAAAAAAAACUAUUGUCUUUUAUGGAAUGGAAAUGCAAAUUUUAAUAAUCAAAUCCACUUUUAAAUGAUGGAAUAAAUACUCAAUAAAGAUUAUAGAAGGCCAAAGGUGAUAAAUAAUUUAGAUUUUAAUUGAAAUAACCUAUAUAUUAAGGAUAUAUGGAAUAUCUAGUGAAUUAGAUUGAUGAAUCAAAAACAAGUCCUUUAAUUAGAUCAAAAGAAGUUUUACAUACUUUAGGUGCAUUACAUGAUAACAUUCAUGCUUUUUUAAGUUUUACCUUAUAAUCAAUAGAAAGAUAUUUAGAUAAGAUGUAAUGAUAUUAAUAUUGAUAGUGAUCAAUAAUAUUUGAUAAAAUAAUUGGAUAUCUAAUAAAAAGAUGUUCCAAUAGAAUAAAAGAAUAUAAAAGUACAAUUGUUGAAGAUUUUUUAAUUAAGAUGUGAAUAACAAAGUUUUUAGAUUGAGUAAUUUAAAAAUAAGAGUGCAAUAGAGUAAAUAAUUUUAAAUAUAGAAUAGUAUUACAUUCAAUGACAAUGUAUAAUAAUCUUUUUAUAGAUUCUUAAAACUAUGUAAUGAUAUAUUUUUGGUGUAAUUUGAUGUCUAUCUGGUUUUGAGAUUUGAAUUUCAUAUGAGACAUUUAUUGAUGACCAAUAUUUAAGAAUUCAAUUUUGAAUACAUUAACUUUUCUUAAACUCUUAAAGAAAGUCUAUAAGAUGAUACAGUAAUUUUGAUUUUCAUUAUUAUUAGUUCAAUAUUAUUACAUCAGAUUUUUGGACAAUCUUUAAGGCAAGUUUAAAGGCUUAAUUCAUAAGAUAAAAGGAUUUUAAUCCAAAGAAAAUCUAAAUGAUUUUAAAGGAUCUUAAUGUAAUGAAAGACGAAAUGAAUAAUCAAGGAAAAAGGAUUUCACAUUUACGAAGAUACUUUAAAUUGUAUUUGGUAAAUGGAUAGGAUAUUGAAAAGUUCCUAAAAAUAAAUGCUUAUAAAUACAAAUUUGAAUUAAUAUAGGAAUAUGGUAAAUUAAUGAAAGUAGAGAAUUUAGAAUAAUUAAGAAAAUAUUGUUUAUGAG